AUGUAUUGCACCAAGAAUGCACUCAAAGACUUCAAUUGGUCAAGAUACAUAUUAGAUGACUUCUAUGACGAGUUAGAAGAGUAUUUGAAACAAAUGAGGAAAAAGAAGAAGGAUUGGAUUGUAAAUGUAGGAGGAUGCUUAAAGGAGCAGAUGAAAAGGGAAGCAUUGUGGAAAUUAAAAAGGGAAGGCAAAUCAAGUGUUGAAGUUAAGGAAGAAGAUGAUCGGGUAGGAUAUGGUAGUGAAGACAAGCUAGCCUCUGAGUUUGAAGAACAAGACAAGGCAAAUUCUGAGUUUGAAGAAGAUAUAACAGAAGAAGAUGGAGGUUAUAGAGAAGGUGAAGAUGGAGGAGAUAAAGAAGAAGAAGAUGAUGAUGAUGAAAAAGAGGGUAGAGGUGAUGAAGGAGGAGGAGGAGGAGGAGAAGAACAAAAUGAUGAUUUGUCAUCUCCAAUUCAUGUGUCUUCCCAAGAAGAGAGUAGAGAGGAAAAAUCAAAGGAGGAAGUUAAGGAAAAUGAUAGUAAAUGA